AUGAUGACACUGAAGGUUCAGAUCCUAUUUGGCUUCCUUUGCUGCAUGAUUUUUCUGCCUACAGAUGGCUUCCCAGCAGACACCGCUACUGAAUUUCGCUCUGCUUUCUCUGUGGCCAGAACCAGCAGCAUGGAAGGAAGCUCUGAGAUGGUAAUUACCUUUGACAAAGUGUAUGUGAACAUUGGCAAUGACUUUGAUCCCAAGACUGGAUUGUUCCGCUGUCGGAUCCCUGGAGCCUACUACUUCUCCUUCACUGUUGGGAAAUACCCAAAGAAAAACUUGUCUGUCAUGCUGAUGAGAAACAAGAAUGAGGUGCAAGUGAUAGUGUAUGAUGAACAUCACCGCAAGGAACGGAAAGUAGCCAGCCAGAGUGCCAUGCUGCAGCUCGACUACGGUGACACAGUUUGGCUGCGUUUACAUGGAGACCCAAAGUAUGCUCUUUACAGCAAUGUGGGCCCCUAUACAACUUUCAAUGGCUACCUAAUCUAUCCAGACACUUCUGCCUUCUUCCAGAAUGCUCUUAGCUCUCAAGAGUUGAGCCCACACCAUCACACUAUUCAGCAACUUCCCGGAGAGCAGACUGAAGCUUCACAGCUGCACGUGUUGUCUGAUCAACCAAACAGAGAACAAGACCCUCGCUCUGCAUUUUCUGUUGCCCGCUCACAAAGUCUCCUGGGGACAGAUGACAAGCAAACCCAGCAUGAGCCGAUCACAUUUGACACAGAGUUUGUGAAUAUUGGAAAAGAUUUCAAUGCCUCCACUGGCAUCUUCUCAUGCCGUAUACCUGGUGCAUACUAUUUCUCCUUCACCAUUGGCAAAAUGCCCUUUAAGACUAUGUCAGUGAAACUUAUGAAGAACCACAAUGAGGUGCAGGCCAUGAUCUAUGAUGACAACCACUCCAAGAGGCGGGAGAUGCAGAGCCAGAGUAUCAUGCUGCCUCUGCAAUAUGGGGACACCGUCUGGCUCUACAGCCACCAGCACGAUGGCUAUGGUGCCUACAGCAACCAUGGCAAGUACAUCACCUUCACAGGCUUCCUGAUCUAUUCAGAGACUCAGCCAAAGUGGCUUCCAGGUGCCAGCUCACCCCAAGGGUCAAAUAAUUAAAUGCAGAUGUGAAAAGAGCAUAAGAAAAGCCAAGGUGCCAUGAACUUGGGUAUAGUUCCUCUUCGGAUAUCAUCCUCUACUUUGAGCAUGCUAUCAUGUGUCCAGUGCUUUCCUCAAUGCUGCACGCUUGUGCCCUGUCCGCAGGGCCGCUGCUGUGUCUGCUGUUCAUCCAUAGAAAGGUCUUUACAGGUUGUACGUGUGUGUCCUGUGUUGGUGUUUGAGUUAAGCAUAAAGCAUGAGGUAGUUUUGGGGCAGGGGUGGGGCAGGGUAGUGAGAUGCUGAGGAUCAGAGAACCACUGCAGUAACAUUACUGCAGAUCCCCAGCAUCCCGAAAGCAAAGGAUGUGGCGACUUUCCUUGCAUAUCUGGGGAGGGAAUAAAUAUAAUGAAAAUGAAUGUAAUAAAAACACAAAAGAUGUAAAAAUUUUCU